CAACGCGAAAUCCCUUUUAAGCCCAUGUGAAUUACAUCUUUUCUGGAAAAGGCCCAUCGGGGGUAUGCGUGGUGUAGUACCGUUUAAUGUCCCGUUGUUAUCACUCAAAUCUAAUAACUCCAGACGUCAAAGGUAUGAAUAUUAAUUUAACAACCAAAUAUGGCUAUAGACUUCUGCAUCCUGGUUUUAAGGAAAAGAAUGACCUGGAAAAGGCGGAUGCUAAGGUUCACACAAUGAAUGCACAUCUAUCUUUUUUGUUCAGUAAAUUCAUCUUUAAGAUGUGUGUGAGGCAGAUGCUUUUUUGGAGCUUGACUUCAGCUUUAAUGCGGGUUGCUAAGAGAUGAUUUUGGAAUCAAGAUGAAGCAACAAUAUAAAGAGGAAGUUAGUCUCCUGUGGAAUUUUUCCUACCACUGUGCUGAAACGGUUGCCUGAUCUUUGAGAGUUUGACGGAGCUGAACUCAGAGUCUUCGCCAAAUAAAUGUAAUAAUUGACUAGCGAUGCCACCACGAAAAAUCUUGGAUUGGCCCAUGGGCCCUUGGCGCUGCGUGUCAGGAGGGAUAAAUAGGAAAGGGCAAGAAAGCUCAGACUGGAAGAUUGCAGAUCCUGUGAGUAGACCACUGCUGUUAUCCAUCAAGGAAACGUGCAACGAUCAUCUAUGUGAGAGAAAGCCUCACUGUCACGAACUUGAAACUAAAUGGAAAAUGAAACAGAUGGAAAAGUGCAGCAAGAGGAUUUGUAAGAAUGCAGUACAUCAGCGGAGAUUAAUCAGAAGCAAGGAACAAGACGACCGAGAUAAAAUGACUAGAAGUGGCACAGGAAUAUUGCUCUUAGGUAUGGACUGGAUCCCUAGGCUCCAACUGACUCAUAAUGGAGUUAAUCAUGGCUCCAAAGUGAUUGAGGCGUGGCAGUUCAAGACAUCCCGUCCUACUCUACAUCUCCUUCAAAAUAUGGAAUGUUGUGAGGGUCCUCCACAUCAACGCAGCGUCUCAAACGGGGUUUCUUUCAUCCAAUGGAUUCAGCAGGGAUUUAAUAAGCGGUCUAGUUGAUGUGCCCAUCGAUUUUGAGAACAGAGAGCCUGGCUGGCCCACCACUCCCACUGCAUCAACAGUUGCUAUACAGUCUUUGUCUGUACCUACCUAGGCGUUCAGCAAGAUUUCUGCAUGAGAUCACAGGCUCUGCUCGUCUCCAUGAACAGCGGGGAACUUAAGCCUUUCUCCUACAUCUCUUCUGGGCAAGGAAUAUUCUCCAAGCCAAAAGAUCUCAAAUGUGAUGUAGAUGAAAGAGCUCGCAAGGAUCCAAGCAUGCGGUGCAAAUACCGCCAGACCCUCGAAGACUCCAAGAAACAAGUACCGCUCGAAACCACCAAACGAAAUAAAGGGAGAAUCUUGGGUAAAAUAAGUCACCGCAAGAAGACGAAAAACCAACCAACUGCGGUGCCGAGCCCCAAUGAAUACCUGGCAUUUGAGUCUAGCAAGGAACUUCCUCAGGCAAACGGAGAACACUUGUAUGAGACUGCUUGCAAUUUGGAAUACACUAAUGAUGAAGACACACACAAGCAAGAAAAGAGACAGGCGAUCGUUAGGAUCCCUGGACGAUCUUCCUACGAAGCACUUUCCCUGCCCCAAUCCCCCCACCUCCAUCAAAAGAGAACCCCAGAAAGACGGACACCCGAGCACAAUCACAAAGUCUCAUGCAAGAUCCAACCCAAGCUGGAGAGUUUGUCCGAAGACGCAGAGGCCGGUCAAUGCAUCUACGAUGAUGUCAUCUACGACGAUGGCAUCUACGAAGACGUAAUCUGUCCAUCGUUUGAUUCUAAUGAUCUGUGCACCAACAGCAACCUGUCCUUAAACUCAUCUCUUGACGAAGGGAAGGCUAACAGUAGAGGCUUGUUAUCGAAAAAGCAAUCGUCUUACAGCAGCAUUACACCGUCGAAUUCCAUCAAUAAAUACACGUCCAACGACGAAGAUGCCCGAUACUCAACGACAACUGCCUCACUCUCUAAGUACAUACCAGCCACUUCCAAAACGCAAAAGCCUCCGAAACCUGCACCACGCACUUCGCUCAAGUCUAUUACUUUACGCACAUCUCAGGACAACUGUCUACCUAGAUCCCGCGAACUCCCUGAGAUCCAAGUUCUUCUUGAUGAAGCCUGGGAGAAGCUCACAACCUCCGACAGCCACAACUCAUCUACAGUGGCUGUAACCAACGCUGACUUUACGGCGCGACUUCUAGACAGCAACGGCGGUCGACUGCAGCUUCAAUAUCACGGGGUGACCCUCGAUAUCCCGCCUGGUGCUCUCGAGGCCCGGCGGAUGGUGUAUAUACAUGUUCAGCGUAGCUUGGAGCUCUCACCGACCGGGAUUGAUGGCUUCGCUAGCCCCCUCGUCCACUGUGGAACUUCUGGUCUGAAGUUCAAGAAACCUGUCAUGCUCACUUUCCCCGUACACCUUGAAGACUCGUCGGCAUGGGAAGUGAGGGGAGUGCGCACCAAAGACUCUCUUGACGCACCUUGGGAAGACAUUUCUGAGAGCCCUCAUGAGUCCUUGGUUACAGUAAAAGACCAGAUGUGUACGAUGGUUGUUGAUCACUUCACAGGUUUUGGGCUGGUUGUGCAACCCAAGCCACUCCGCGGUGCAUCCGGGGAAAGUGGGACGACUCAAGGUAUCGAAUGCCUACCACUCAGAGUGGGUGUGUUCCUACCCAGCAACCGACUGACAAGGUCAGGUCACCUACAACUCAGAGUUCGCAUUUGGGAUAGGUCACAAGAAACGACACAGCAAGUAGAGGAGGCAGAGGCGGACAGCAAGGUCAUAGACCGAAAGUGCACACUCUUCCUGCGAACUACCAGUGAAGGACCUGGUCGCCGGCAACGAGGCUUAGACGUUGUGGUUCAGAUCCGUGGACUGAAUUUCGAGUUAUGGGAACCAGAUCCAAUGGAUCAGACAAUUCCUUACGAGAACUUCCAGCCCGAUCCCGAGGGACGCGUAGAUGUGUCUGUAACUUUCAACCUGAAGUUACAUAGUCUGGGCGGUGAGGGCGGAAUUCACCCGCUACAGUGCGAUUUCUGCAUCGGACAACGGGCGCAUAGAAAUCUAUUUCAGACCAUCCGAGCUGUUGUUGACAUAUUCAACGGCGAAAUGCGCUCUGAGACACAAAUCAACAGGUUCCCAAAUCCCAUGUCCACAUCGGGGUUCCAAGAAUUAUGCAACUAUCUCGAAGUUGAGAGACGAUGGAAACUACUUGCUGACUUAUUCUUCGGCCAGUCAGAAGGUCGUACGUUCGAGAAGUGGCCAUUUCCUUCGGCGGUGUUGCUAAAUGUCAUCUUUUCUCGAUCAGCAACACUCGAGCACCUGCAUGAUAUGCUCCUCGAAUGUAGGCUGUUGGGAGCAGCGAAUAUCGUCCAGGAUGAGAUGGCAAGUCCGGAGGGGCUUGGGGGACACCUCGAGGCAAUCCACAUCAGAGGGAGACCCAGUAGGCCCCAGCUGUCAAAUCCUGUGCAAUGCAGCGACGACGAUCGUCUGCAUCGUUUCGGACAGGACGAGAACUUUUACGAAGAGGUAAUGACUUCAAAUGGCAGAAGACCAGUGGCAACAGAGAGCGAAUGGCCUCCCGGCUCUCCUGGGGAUCUGAGAUCGUCAGAUUCCCACAACGAGAUGGCUGCCACGGGAGCACAGGGUUUAGAACAUUCUGACAGUGAGAGAACCGGGUCGACACUGGGCCACCCGGCAAGCCGAUUUCUGGGUUUCGAGAUCCAACAUACCUCUCAGCAGAAUGUCUAUGAGGAAUGCAGAAUAAGGGACAACAACGAUGUUGAGAGAACAGAAAAUGACCAUUAUAUGAACUUGGACAUAGUGAGAAGAAAAGCGUCACUACCCAAAGGCUACGUUAAAUUUUCUAAGUAGCUAUACUAUCAGCACGUUUUAAAGAUAACUGUACAAAAAAUAUUUUUUAUAACCAGGACUAAAUGAGAGACAAAACAAAAAGACAACAAGCAGCAUACAACGCGCCCCCCCCCGCAAAAGGGAAACUGGCCAAAUGUUAUCAUGAAUUAAGAGGCCUCCAGAGAACUGCAUUUUUUUGUAACCAAAAUACAAGUCAGUGCCUUUCUCUGCAACAUUUAUUAUAAUUGCUGUGCAAUGUGCAAGUUAAUCAUUUCAAAUACGAAUAACAUGAGAGAGUCAUGUUAAGUACACGAAAGCUGAGUCGGUUUUGAAGCUAGUAAAAUAUAUAAGUCUGUAUUUUCAGUUUGUUUUAAAUUAAGCCUACUAAUUGUAAAAGAUUUGAAAGAUUAAAAGUUGAUGUAGUUACUGAAAUUUGGUAUUAAAAGUGACAUUAUUACAAAUGGUAAGAUAACUAUUGACAAUGUAACCAAAAUAUUGAGAUAAAAAAUAUGUCAUAUCUGAAAGAACACUCAUCAUGUAAGUAAUCAUGCAUGUAAAUAAGAAAAACGUUGAUAGAUCACGUUAAUGCAUCCCACCAGCAAAAAUGUACAAACGAGCGAUUAAACACAAUGUCCAAUUUCCAAGACACAUUUACAAUAAUUCCAAAUUAACAUUUUGUUUCAUCAUGCUCUAGAUUCCGACCGUUCGGCCAAGUACAAGAAGAGAAAAAUACUGAAGAGUAGGCCUAGUAUAAGAAAACUGUAAUUUAGGUCGUUGACCGCUGAUUACUUCUGUUUGUUAAUCUAUAAUUUACGAGUAAAAAUAUGGUGUAACGGGACAAACUUGAUAUAUCUGACAUUUUAUAAGACAAUUUUGAUAUAUAAACCGUCUCACAGAUGAACUUACAAUGACCUUGUGAAUGUUGAUAAAUACAUGCAUUGCAUAAAUCAGAA